UCAGGCAAGGAAAAAGAACAAGAAACGGAAAUUGUAUUUACAGCAACAUACGUAACCGCCUGCAAGUUGAUUUAGAGGUCGCGUGAACACAAAAUAUCGUCACUUAAACUGAAAACAUUAUAUUUUGAGAAGAAACUUCUUCACGGGUUUUACUACAUGAAAAAGGCCAUGAUGUACAGCUGGAAACUUAUCUUGUUUUUACUGGUAUGCGGAUUUACGGUUUUCUCCAAUAUGAGUUCUUCACCACAUGAAAACAAUGACGAAAAUACUUUUUGUCAAGAAAACGCCGAUGGAAGGUACCCAGACCCGUACAACUGCUGCAAGUUUAUUCGCUGUUCCAGCGGCAUCCCUCAACGAAGGUUUUGUCCUCUUGGUUUGAUGUUCAACAGAACUCUGAGGACGUGUGACUGGCCUGAGAGCAUUCGUUGCCAAGCACAACUACCGGAAAACGCUGAUGGUGAAUGGAUAAAUGGUAUAUAUACGGGCUGUCAUUUAUCGAAGACGAUUAAUAAAAUCAUGGAGAAGUUUCCUCAAGAAAAAAAUGCAAGUGAAGUCAUGACAGAACUCAGUAACAUUACCAUGCCUCAAGAUAACAGGACAUUGAGCGAAACAGUGCUUAUGAGAAGCCUGCAUACUCUUCAACGACUAGUGGACUUUCAAAAAGCUAAUGGAAACAACACUUCGAGUGAAAUGAAUUUCACAUCUGUUUACAAGAUAGCCAGCAAUUUACUGGAUAGCGCAAACAAAGCGACUUGGGGAGAAAUUGACAGCAAGACUCGUCCUAACAUUGUCGUCUCAAAGUUGAUUAAGAUGUUGGAUGACUAUGGCUUACACAUCGCGAGUGGGAUGGAAAGAGAUGAUAUAUCCGUCACCGCAUUGACGAAGAAUCUUGCAGCGACAAUAGUCAAGCCAAACCGUCAUGUUAAGGUGUUGUGGGCACCAUUGAUUUACAACAUUGAAUGGGAAGGCAGAGAAUCAAAGAGUCGUCCAACGAUAUAUUUUAGGUUCUAGAGCCAAGAAAAUAUUUUCAUUUUCAGCUGAAAGGGGCUCAACUAUACCUGCUACCUUUUAAAAUUUUAAAAGGGAGGAUUUUAAUAGUUAGCAAAGUGUCACACAUUUUAAAUUCUCAAACCAGUUUAAUUUUAUACAAAGGGAAUCAUAACCGUGACACUGUUUGGAUAUCUCAUUUUAAUUAGCCUAGAUUU